AAACCCUUGAAUGAGUAGGUGUGUCCAAACCUUUCACUGGUAUUGUAUAUAUAUACACAAUAUUUAAUAAUGAAAUGCACUUGACAUUUAUGUGAAAUGGGUUGUGAAAUGCAUUGUUAUAGAAAUAAAGUUUGAUUCCAUUCAAACGAUUGUGUUACCUGCUUUUGUGUCUGUUUUCAGGUCCUGGCUAAGGUUCUCCAGUAAAUCACCCCAGUCCUUAAUGUCUCUGACAUGAGGUCUAAAGUGCUAUACUGCUUUGAUGAGGGGAGCACAGGUUUAACAGCUUGUCAGUAGCUGGUCUAGAGGCCUUCAUCAAGGAGCGGGAACUUGCGGUAAUGCAGAGGCUGAGAGGGAAGGCAGUCCAGGCCUCAGAGGAGAAGUGGGAGGCCCACAGAAUAAUCUACCAGGUACAUCUAUUCAAGAUUCUGGUAAGGACUGCAAGAAACGUGGAUUGUUUUAGUAGUGGUGGAUGGCUAAACUUACAUGACCACUCACAAUAUUGUUCAUUGGCCCAUCAGUUCAAAACGGGAACUAAGUUCUUACAUCAAUCUUGGCUCGUGAUAGUGGAUGUUUGCGUCAUGACUGCUUCCUGUUCUUCCCGACAGUGUCUGUCUGUGAGUCAUUUAUUGUGAAAUGCUGUUUUUUUACUGUACUCUUCUUACUUAGUUUAAGUUCAGUGACUGGUCCUGUCUAUGAAUGUGUAGUGUUUUGGAAGGUGAAAAGCACAGAAGGUUAAGGCCCUCUAACUGGUAAGAUAUUUUAUGUCUCCAAUCCAGUGAAUGGCCUUAGAAAAAAUGGGUGAUCCCAUUGACUCCAUAUGGUAACAAUCUCCCAAGACUUGACAUUGGAAUGAAUAUGUCCCUUUUAUUUGAAUCCAAAUAGCUGGGGCUUCCAUGUUUAAAGUCUGCUCAUUGUCUUGUCUGAAGGAGACGUGUUUCAGAUGUGGGCCAGACUUUGAUGGUGAGCCGUCUGGCUCCCUCUCGCUGACCAGACAGGUCUGAAACAUCCUGUUCCAGAUCUCUCCUGAACAUUUCAAGGGUGAAAGUGGUGGAGACGGCCCUAGCUGACUUGGCCCUAGCUGACUUGGCCCUAGACAUCAUGUGUCUGCUGAUGAAGGACCAGUGGAGCUGGCUGUGCACCGACAACAUCCCGGAAGACUAUCCGGCUGCUGUUUGGAAUCCUCAUGGAACCCUCAUUGACAGUUGGCUUAACGUGAGCGUGGCCAACCUGACCUGUACCCUGCGGGUCCUGCAGGAGGUGUGGCAUGGGGGCAGCCUACCAGCCCAGCACCCCCCGGCGCACAGCCACCAACAGAAGGAGGACACCAAGCAGCAAUCCAUGCACUGCCUCAUGAAACUACUACCAGAUCUGUUCUCAGAAGUGCUGUGCUCGGACAAAUACAGACUAAACCGGCAGACUGCACUGGAAUCUCUGCAGAACCCUUACAUAAACAGACACUUGGUCUACUGUAUCUGGGACCUUUUCCUUAAGUUCCUCAUCCCUGAAACAUCUGAGGAAAACUUUUAGAAAAACCUGCUGCAAAGUCUCUCCGAAAAUGCAGAGAAACUACCACCAUGAAAGUCGUGGGAGCGAUACUGGUGUACACACGCACACACACACGCUUAAUCAACUGUCAGUGAAUAGCCCUCGAUGAAAGUCCAGCCUAAUGUAUCUGUAACAGCUUUCUUCCUGGGAAGGAAAGGACCAAAGCGCAGCGUGGUGAGUGUUCAACUUAUUUAAUAAUAAAUACAAACUGAACACUUCAAAUACAAAAUAACAAA